AAAUGAGGUCUCGAAUCUCGGAGACUUGUCACCUUUUUCCAUUUUUUCUGUUUGAAAUUAUCAGAUUGCUACUUUGGGCAGUCCGUCAUAGCAAGCAUUUAUGGGUACAGAGGAAAGUUCUGCUGAGUCCUGGCAUUUGAAUUUUCGAAAUAAAAUGAGCAGCUGGUGGAGAAGAAAUCUGACAUGGAGAACUCUAGGCUUGCUGCUUCUUUGUCAGUUGGUUUCUAUUGUGAUGGCCUUUAUGGGCUUCAGUUCCUCUCUAAUAGCCAAGCUUGGUGUUGAUGCACCUGCUUCUCAAGGUAUUUUCACUUACCUGAGUUUAGCUUUGGUAUAUGGAAGCAUCUUGGUCUACAGGAAUCAGAAACCAAUGGUUUCUUGGUAUUGGUAUCUCCUUCUUGGAUUCCUUGAUUCCCAGAGCCUUUUUUUAUAUAACACAUCAUUCCAUUUCACAUCCAUUACUAGUGUGACGAUGUUGCAGUCUUUCUCGAUAGCAUGGGUCAUUGUACUCACUUGGUUUUUCCUUGGCUCACGAUACUCGCUAUGGCAGUUUUUUGGCGCAGCCCUGUGUGUGCUUGGGCUUGGCUUACUGAUCCUCUCUGAUGUUGGGGUUGGUGGUGGAGGUGCGUCAAGAACUCUGUUUGGUGAUAUGAUUGUCAUCGCUGGAACGCUGUUAUUUGCCUUGAGCAAUGUUGGUGAGGAAUUUUGUGUUAAGAACAAAGACCGUGUCGAGAUGCUGGCUAUGAUUGGUGCUUAUGGAUUACUUGUGAGCAUAGUUCAGAUAUACAUAGCAGAAUCAAAGAGUUUUCAGUCGGUGGAACUGUCUGCUGACAUUAUAGUAGCCUUAGCUGCUUACACACUUUCAUCCUUUACACUGUACUCCCUUUUCUCAUUUGUUCUACAGAUGAGUGGAGCUACAAUGUAUAAUCUCUCUACUCCCGCAUCUAAUAUGUGGGUAGUUAUCAUUCAGAUAUUUUUCUACCAUCAGCAGGUUGGUUGGUUAUACUAUGUUUCUUUUGCUAUUGUGGUCACUGGAUUGGUCAUGUAUUCUACCAAUGAGAAGGAUCCUGUUUCUAUAUCAAAUGCAAAAGAUAGCAAAUACAAUGCAGAAUACCAAGCACUUGAUAAUGAAGAUGGUACUUCAAGAAUUCAAUUAUGGGUUUCAUGAUAAUUAUUUUUUGUUAAUUUUAAGAUUAUGUGGUACUUCAAGAAUUCAAUUAUGGGUUUCAUGAUAAUUAUUUUUUGUUAAUUAUAAGAUUAUGUGGUUUAUAAUGAACAAUUGAAAUAAAUAUCAUAAUCUGAAUACUUAUGAUCUCCCUUUCUAUCACAA